CACCAUCAAUCAUCUCUCUCACACAUCAUCAAAUAAACACAACUAUCUCAAAAAACAAUGUCUCCCAACAAACUCUUAUUUCUCGCAGCUGGUUUUUUCUUGUCCUCUCUCUUCAUCGGAGCGUAUGCACGCGAUUUCUCGAUCGUGGGCUACACUCCCGAGGACUUGACCUGCAUAGACAAGCUCAUUAAUCUCUUCGAAUCAUGGCUCGAAAAGCACAGCAAGAAGUACGAAACCCUAGAGGAGAAGCUCCACAGGUUCGAGAUCUUUAAGGACAAUCUUAAGCACAUCGACGAGAAGAAUAAAGCCACCACCAACUACUGGCUCGGCCUUAACGAAUUCGCCGACUUGAGCCACGACGAAUUCAAGAAAAUGUAUUUAGGCCUCAAGGUGGACGACAAAAUGCCUAGGAGAAACGAAUCCCCCGAAGAAUUCAAGUACCGGGAAUUCGAGGCGUUGCCUAAAUCCGUCGACUGGAGAAAGAAAGGCGCCGUCGCUGCCAUCAAGAACCAAGGCUCGUGCGGGAGUUGUUGGGCGUUUUCGACUGUGGCGGCGGUUGAGGGGAUAAACCAGAUCGUGACGGGGAAUCUGACAGAGCUGUCGGAACAAGAACUGAUUGAUUGCGACACAAGUUACAACAAUGGAUGCAAUGGUGGAUUAAUGGAUUAUGCAUUUGCAUACAUUGUUUCCAAAGGUGGUCUUCAUAAGGAAGAAGACUACCCUUACCUUAUGGAAGAAGGAACUUGUGAAGAAAAUAGGGAAGAAUCGGAGGUGGUGACGAUAACGGGAUACAACGAUGUACCGGCAAACGACGAGCAAAGUCUGUUGAAGGCAUUGGCUCAUCAGCCACUGAGUGUAGCAAUUGAUGCUUCCGGCAGAGAUUUCCAGUUCUACAGUGGGGGUGUGUUUGAUGGGCAUUGUGGAACGGAUCUUGAUCAUGGAGUGGCAGCCGUUGGAUAUGGAUCAAGCAAAGGAUCUGAUUAUAUAAUAGUGAAGAAUUCAUGGGGGCCAAAAUGGGGGGAGAAAGGUUUUAUUAGGAUGAAGAGGAAUACUGGCAAACCUUCUGGAAUGUGUGGCAUUAACAAAAUGGCCUCUUUUCCUACUAAAACUGUGUGAUAAUUAACCAUAUAUUUAAUUUCAAAUGUCACUUGUCGUUUUUUAUUUUAUUAUAUUUACUAUUAAUUUCUGUAAUAAAUAAUAUUUGGUUUUUUUUCUUUUCUUUUUAUGUUUAUUUUCUGUUAAAAUGUAUUUUUUCUUGGAAUUUGUAUUGGAAAUUCUCAUUUGUUUGAAGAAAUUAUUUGUGUGAAUUAUGUAGCGUUUAUUACUUAA